AUGAUGAAUUUCGAAGUGAGCACAACAAAACAGAUCGGUGUCGGUUUGACGGGAUUUGGAAUAUUCUUUAUUUUCCUCGGGAUACUACUUUUCCUUGAUGCGGCUCUGCUUGCGAUCGGAAAUUUACUCUUUAUCGUUGGAAUUACGUUUAUUAUCGGAGUACAACGAACAAUGGUUUUCUUCUUUGAGUGGCGAAAGUUAAAGGGUAGUGCUCUAUUCUUUGGCGGCAUUUUAACGGUGCUCAUCGGAUGGCCACUUAUUGGAAUUCUUCUCGAAUGUUGGGGCUUCAUUUUGCUUUUCGGUGGUUUCCUGCCCGGCAUCGUCAAUCUACUCAGGAGUAUCCCAUUCAUCAGUUGGAUUACAUAUUUGCCCGGAAUUAGACAGGUUCUCGAUCGACUCGCACCCGAGCACAAGUAUCCGGUA